UAGUUUGCAGGCGCUGAAAUGUCAAAGAGUGGGUGUCUAAUCACUAAUGUCUAAUGUCCUCAAAAAUUGAGUUAUUGACUAACGAUGCUGAAGGGUUUUUAACGAUUGAUACUCAUAAAUUUCUUGUUUUGUCACACUUUAAUUCUUAAAUUUGGUGUUUUAAGCAUACAUGUGAAGGAAUUGACGCUGCAUUAAUAUAAUUUAUUGCAUCAUUGCUCAAUAUCUAAUAGGUACACAUACUUACUAUUUAAGAAAAUGGUGAAGGUAUAUGGUCUUGGUGUUUUGUACAAAGGAGUAAACAGCGCUACUAUUUUGAAGGCUGCCUAUGAUUUACAAAGUUUUAGUUUUUUUCAACGCUCUUCAGUACAAGAGUUUAUGACAUUUGUCAGUAAAACUAUUGUUGAAAGAACUCAACCUGCUUCCAGGCAAUCUGUGAAAGAAGGUGAAUACAUGCUUCAAGUGUAUGUGAGGGCUGAUAAUCUUGCUGGAGUCUUGAUAUCAGAUCACGAGUAUCCAAACAGAGUGGCUCAUACAUUAAUUACGAAAAUCCUUGAUGAGUUUUCAGCAAAAGUACCAGCUGCAAAUUGGCCAACAGGAAAUGAAACUACAAUUGAUUUUCCAGUGUUGCCACAAUAUUUAGUUAAAUUCCAGAAUCCAAGAGAAGCAGAUGCCCUCACUAAGAUACAAAAUGAUUUAGAUGAAACAAAAAUUAUUCUCCAUGACACAAUUAAAGCUGUGUUAGAAAGGGGCGAGAAGUUAGAUGAUUUAGUUGAUAAAUCAAAUAGUCUCUCAAUGCACAGUAAAGCUUUCUAUAAGACUGCUCGAAAGACAAACAGUUGUUGUAAUUUUUGAAGCAUUUUAUUGUUAUGGGUGGAAAUAUCCAGAAUUAUAUAUUGAGCCAUAAGAACUGUAUUUAGCAUGGCUCUUGUUUCUUCAUGUCAUGAUUGUAUUACAUUAAAUAGCUACUGCAUUACUGUGAAGAUUGUUGCUGUGGUGUAUUGAAAUAAUAGUUGUGGUUUUAGAUGUUAACAUUUAUAGAUAUGAUAUAGUGUAAUAGUUAUAAUGUUUAAAUAUGGCCGUAAUAUUCCUUGUUCCUGUGGUCAGAUAUGAAAGAUUAAGCAAUAGCAUGGAACAGGGUUUAGAUGUUAUUAUUCAGAUAGUGGAAUAGUCAUGCUAUCAGAAUCUAUAAAUAUGUGACAAAAUGUUUGUAAGAACAUUUGCUAUUUUAAUUUCAUAUAAAAGUAACAGCUUAUGAGAUACAUUGCACAGAUUUAGUACUGAUUUACAUCACAUUGCAUUUGCAUUACUUUAAAAUUGAAAUUUAUCUUUGACUAAAUUGAGCAUUUUUAAUAACUUUGUAGUAUAUCCUUAUAUUUAAAUAUACUCAAUUUAAUCACAAGACCUUGAUAAAUAUGUGUGUGUAGAAAUAAUACUAUUGGUUUCUAUGUACACAAGCUUAAAUAAAUAUUAUCCAGUUACCAAGGUAUCUGGAUGAUAUUUGCUUUUUUUUGUAUUUCUUUUUUUGUAAUAAAAUGGCAAGUGGCAAAAAAAAAACUUGUAAAAAGUCAUAGAUUUAAAGAAAGCCUUUAUAGUCCAUGGAAUAUUAAUAUGCAAGAUUUUGUGGAUUAUGAUUUGAUUGUCAGUAAUUGUCAAUAUUUCUAUUUAUAUUUAAUGGGCUUACAAUUGUUUAAUGUGGGCAGAUAAAGCUUGACUAGACUUAGAAGACUAUUAUGGCAUAGUUCAUGGUAUUGCCAUACAUAUACUUAAUGAAAAGGUUUAUAAUUGUUUUAUAUUUUAAUUUUUAUGCCAUACAUUUAUUGUCUCAUUAUUGAAUUAUAUUGUAAUUGGUAUUAUAUACAUUAUGGAAAUAUAGUAUUAUAUAACUGUGAAUCUAAUCUUACAUGCUGAAGUAAAUAUGUAGAUAAAUUCUCAAAAUAUUUUAUACUAAUUUUAUUAUAAUAAAAUUUUCGACAAUAAUGAAUCUUCUAUAGUCUAUUUGGUAUUUAUAGACACUGUAUAGUUUCAAAAAAGCCAUUAUUAAUCCCAAGUAUACAGGCACUAUUUAAACAAUUAAAAUGUGUGUAAUAUGAAUUCGGUCUGAUUUAAUUUGGAAACCAAAAAUUUGAGUGGUAUUUUUUUAUUCAUGUUGGCAUAUACCUCAGUUAGUUUAUUGUUGUACAUAUUUUUAUUAUUAAUAAUGUUUAUGUAUAAUUUUUUAUAAUUUGUAUUCAACAAAUAACCUUUAUGUGCAUGAAAUUUCGUAAACUAAAAUGGUUAUUAUUCUAGUUAGCUUAAAGAUUCCAUGUUUAAUUUUAAUAAAUCUAUAUGUAUUUAG